GAAUUUUAUUUAUCUAAGGCUGUGAAUUUUGGAUCAAGUUUGUGCUGCCAUCUACGUUGCGAGCCACGUCACUUGCGUACGUGAAUUUAGAUAAAAAUAUUUAGGGGAAAAAUGAAUAUCUUUCGGCUUCUUGGAGAUUUGGCGCAUCUUCUUGCAAUCAUCAUCCUGGUGUUGAAAAUAUGGAAGACAAGAUCGUGUGCUGGUAUAUCCGGGAAGUCGCAGAUUCUAUUUGCUCUUGUUUACACCACACGAUACUUGGAUCUGUUGACGACAUUCAUCUCAGCAUACAACACAUUUAUGAAAGUAGUGUUCAUCGGCACAUCGUACGCUACUCUUUACCUUAUGUAUGUCAAGUUUAAGGCAACGUAUGACCAUAAUCAUGAUACCUUCAGGAUUGAGUUUCUGGUUCUCCCAGUCGUCGUGUUGGCCCUACUCAUCAACCAUGAAUUCACUGUUCUUGAGAUCUUGUGGACCUUCAGCAUCUACCUGGAGUCGGUGGCCAUCCUACCGCAGCUGUUCUUGGUGUCCAAGACGGGCGAGGCAGAGAGCAUCACCUCCCACUACCUCUUUGCGCUGGGCUCGUACCGCGCCCUCUACCUGCUCAACUGGAUCUACCGCUACUACUUCGAGUCGCACUACGAUCUGAUUGCCAUCGUGGCCGGCGUGGUCCAGACGGUGCUCUACUGCGACUUCUUCUACCUCUACAUUACCAAAGUGUUGAAAGGAAAGAAACUACAGCUGCCUGCCUAAAAAACGCAGUCGGCGGGGGAAUCAUCCAAUAGCUGCCGGGCGCGUGCCGUGACACGACUUCACAUGUGCACAAUUGGUGAACAGUGGACUCUGCCAGCCAAAGAUAAACCACUCGUGCAUAAAGGUUCGAAAGGAAGGGGGGAAAAAAAAACAAUGUGUGUUUUUUUUUUUUUUAAUAUGUUUGACGAUCGGUGGGGCAGAUAGCCCAUCCGUCUGCCUGUCACACACACCAUAAAACUGUAUAUCUUUCUUACUUCAUUUGUGUCUCAUUUCAACUGAGCUAGUCACGCAUAGCUAUGCUCCUUGCUCCGUGUAUCCAGGAAUUUGUUUUGCACAUUUGGACACUCUGGUUUUGAGAUGUCUGUGUUGAUCUUUACUUAGGAGAUGUUUGAUUGGCAGGAAAUCAGUGAGAUCAAAUUUGUCAUGGUGCUUCACUUCUCACUAGUUGAUUAGUGAUGAGCGUACUUUUAUUAUACAGCGAAAUAAUUUUUAUUUUUAAAAGUACGUGGCAUUAGUAUUUUUUUUGGGACUAAAUAAAUUUUUAAUUUCUGUUUUUUUUUUUCAAGUGGCUGUCCCUUUUUUGCAACUUCUUUACCCAAAGGUGCAGUGGGUUUAGAGGGGGAGAAAGUUGUGGUUGCAGGAAAUACGAAGGCUGCUAACAUUACUACUUGAAUGCAUGAGGGCUAGUAAUACGAAUUAUUUUUGUCGUAAACUAUUGUAAUUUAUUAGCUUUAAUUUAACUUAACGUGAAAUGUUGUAGUUAUGAGAUAUAAAAUAUGUUUGUUGUUUAUUUUCAAAUUAGAAUUUUAAAGCUAAUAAAUUACUUGAGUAUGUAAUAUUGUUUUAUAUGUCAUUUUCACCUAAAUAUUUAUUUUGAUUAUUAUUUAUGAAAUACCUUUAUUUUUCCAAAUGUAUAACUUAAAAAAAUUACAUUACAAAACCCUGUAUUCACAUUAGUUUUUCCUGCCCACACACACUCUCAACCUUCCACACCACCUCCCGAGUGGGAGUAGAUGUAGCAGUGGCUUCCAGGUGCUGGAGUUGCAGUUACGCCCACCAGUAGAACACUUUGGUUGCAAUAACUAGUAUAGUGUUACUUACUGUAACAAAAACAUCUAGUUAAUUUUUGGGUGCAGAAGUUGCUAAAGGUACAGCUCACACAAACAGUCUCUUGUCUUCAAUUUUUGGCAAGUUUUCUUGUGUGGUUUGGGUCAGGAAGGUUCUUGUGAAAUUUUGUGUACUAAUCUUACAGUAAAACAAAAUUGGUCAGCAAAUGUGUCGUAUUGUGCAAUUGUGUGUGUUUUUCUUUGUGUUUGGUAUCAUCGGAAGAAAUUUUACUAAUCUGGUAGGUAUGUUCUUCUGGUUUUGUUUUGCAUUUACAUAGUUCAAACUGUUCACUGCCUCAGAUGUAGUGUUUCACAGAGAAGAUAAAUGUGGUACAACUGUAGAGAAUUUCAUUGGUAUUGACAGUCAACCUUAUUAACUUUAAUCAAUGAGUUGCAUUUAGUGUGAAUAAUUUUAUAUAAAAGAUAAACAGUUAAGUUUGUAUAUGUAGGAUUUGAAACUCUUGGAAAUAUAGUUAAUUAACAUACACACCUAAUUGGUUUUUUGAAACAGCUAUAUUCACCACAAAAAAAAAGUGUCAUUUUAGUUGGAAUUCUUCAUAUCCAAAACACAAUACAGCAAAACCCUGUUGGAAGUUUCUCAAGGUACUUGGAAAUUUUUUAACUUACUAGCAGGUAAAAUGGUAUGUAUUUAUAUUAUAGGUCAAGUACUAAAUUUUUAGAAUGUAUUAUGUCAGAAAUUUUCUAUAAAUGGAAUUUAUUUUCCAAGGGUUUUACUGUAUAAGUAACGAUUUUCUGUUAACGUUCAAAAGAAAAUUGUUUUGUUAUUUAAUUGAUUUUACCUAUGGCACAAAUAAUUUAAUUAAUAGUAUCAGUAAUGUGAAACCAUGAAUUACCAUGAACUUAGUAUUGGACAAGCAAUUAACUUUUGUGCAUAAACAUUUUUGUGUUUGAAUUUGUGCCAUUUUGUAGGCAUGUUAAGUGAUUCUUGUAAUUACUGUACAGCAGCACAUGUGCUGUUUGUCAAGCAUUACCGUGGUUUAUCGCAUAAUUGUCGCACCGUUAUUCGGGCGUCAAAAUUUGGAGAGAAUAAAAACUCGCAUAAACAUUGCACAAUAUUUUUGGUCCCGCUUUUAGAUUUCGAGUGCUUUGUGUAGGUAGUUUUUUCGUAUAAAACAAUCUAUUUUAAAGUUGAAAUCUAAUAUUCAUUUGGAUAUUACAGCCUACUUAUUUAAUCAACAGAAAUACAAAGUUGUCUGAUCUGUAAAUUGUCUUUUAAAGACGUUUUCAAACUGUAUAACCUAUAUCUGAUCGUCUUCGUCACCGCCAGUGGCGUAGCCAGGAUUUGUGUGUGGGGGGGUGUUAAGAAGCAUGCCCCCUCCCCCUCCCCCCCCCACCAUAUUAAAGAGGGGGGUCCGUGAAAAUUUGGAUUUUAAGGUGUAAAAUAGUGCUAUUUUAGCAGUUUUCGGUUCUUCAAUUUAAAUAUUGUACAAUUGUAAUGGUAAAAAUGUUAUUAAUUUUAAUAUGAAAUUUGUUUGAGUGAUGAAUAAGAAAUUAAUUAAAGAUUUGGUGCUAAGGGGAGGGAGGGGGGGGUUUGAACCCCUAAACCCCCUUCCCUCCCUGGCUUCGCCCCUGGUCACCGCUGUGUACCGCUUAUAAAUAUGUAGCCAGCGCUAGUUGGCAUCAUUCAUGUUGAUUCCCGUGUAUAGCGCACACAUGUAGUCGAAUUUCAGUAUUGAUAGCUCGCCAAUUGCAUGCAAUCUGUGCGCUCUGUCUUGUGCCGAGUUAACUACAUUUGAUAGUCUGCACUCUUUCGUGGUAAGAAAUGAUAGUUCCAGCUCAUGUUUGGGUCACAGAUUUCAUUUAUAUUUUUGUUGCAUGACUUGUUAAUUUAAAUUGUUUGGUGUGCUUUUGUAUACUCUACUUUUUAAAUAGACAUACUUUCCAUGAAUAGGUUUUGUUUUUAUGAAUAACUUUACCUAACAAAAAAUACUUUUCAAACUUGAUUUUAGUGCGACAAUUAUGCAUCAAAACACAGUAUCUCCCUUCGAAAUUAAUAAUUAAUGCAACUUUACCGAAGCUAGUUGUUAUGGAAAAAAUAGAUGUACGGACAUACUACAUAUAGGUUACAGGUAUGUUAUCCAAUUAUAGAUCUGUACCUGGACGUUAAUUUUUUUCACUACUUGUAAAACAUCAAAGUUCUGUAACAUUAUUCAUUUUGUAACUGUAACAUGUAAACAUAAUGUAAAGCAUUUGAAGAAAAAAUUUUAUAGUGAAUUAUACUCAUGAAUUUUCUUUUGAAUCAGUGUGGAUUACGUAACUGCCGUUCAUUGUGUUUUGGAACAUUUCAAAGGAAAUUUUGGUGUUAAUAGUUGGAACUUAAGUUUUGUAAACUAAUGGUGUUUUACGUAGUUGGAGUUUUAACCUGCAUGUGAAGUACCACCUAAGUAUUCAUGGUUUAAAUUAAAAUUAAGUAUUUAUGUUCACAAAAUUUCGCCAAAAUAAUUGCAUUUGAUAUUUAGAUACCCAUAAUUGUAUAUUAGAAAACCAAAAUACUAUGGGGAAUUUAUAAAAGUUUUGAAUCUAAUUUUAAUGUUAUUAAUGUAUAUGUUAAUGAUUACAAUUUGAUUCAAAAUUGAAAAAAUAUAUAUAUAUUUACACUUUACUUAGCAAAUUUUGUGCCAGUGUUUGUAUUUCCAUUCCAAAUCCAUGAAAUUGUUUAUACAGAUGUAACCAUCUAGGAAAAAUCUGUAAAAAAAAAAAAUGUAUCUUUGUUAUUGAUUAUGAGUAAAUUUAAACUCUUGAAUUAUUGUGAGUUUAAUGGCUCGGAUACAUUUCAGUUUGAAUGUUGGUCGCAGUCAUAUUGUUUGCGGGUGUUACACCUGUGCACUAUGCAUGAGCAAACGUGACAAAGAGUCCACAGAGGCAGGAAAAACAUUGUCGUUGAAAAGUGUUGAUCCUGUUGGUCUUUAAUAAAACUUUUCUGCUGUCUAGGCUGUAUUCUCUCUACGGCAGCUUGUGGGACGCAAUUUUUAAAAAAAUAGCCAGGUGUUUCUCAGUUAAUACAUAGAAAUCUUUCAAUUCUGGCAUAAAUAUUUUACUGCCAAAAAAAACAUGAAAUGACAUCCAACUUACGGUGUGCAGAGCCUGGGUAAGGAGUAUGUAUAAGAAUGAUGCUUUAGCUGUACGUUGAGUUUUACAAAUUCGUCUCAUAAAAAAUCAUCCAAUAGCUUUUCAAUGUUUUUUUUUGAAUUUGUUGGUUGUUAAGGGGUGUAUGUGUGUUAGUGAGGCAGGAUAAUAAGUGCGACGGUCGCUGGUGCUUCUAGCGCGGUAUCGCCUUUAAGUGCAAGGCUGUGUACUGGCACACAGUCUUCUCAUUGUGCACAGAGAAACCAUGAUAUUUGAGCGAAAACUUAACAUUUUAUGGUGAAGAAAUGAAGAUAAAGGUGUAAUGCACCUUGAAAACCCACAUUUUAGGCAUUUUCACUCUUCAAAUACUACCUCUUCCACCAUUAGGGUAUUCUUUAAUGUUUUUCGUUAACAUGCCCCCACUCGGAUAUCUUGAGCAGUUUUAAAUCACGUGGUUUCUUCUGAAGCGCAGCACACUGAAUGUGUGUCUGUGUGGGCAGGGUUCUUAAGGUUGAUGCUGUUCCAGCAUUGAGCUAUACCUAAAUGCAGACACUUCCUCUGACAACAGCACCGACAUGCCACGCAAAGCUUUUGUGUGGAAAGGGUUCCGAGUUGAAUCCCAACAUCCAGUUAGUAUGACUCAAAUUAAUAAAUGUUGAGUUUUUUUUUUUUUUUUUAAGUGGUUCGAAGCGGAUGUUAUUGAGAGUUCUAAUUUCCCUUACGCCUCUGUGCGUAGCCAUGCAACCUAAAACCAACCAAACAAAAUCUUUCUUGUGGUUGUGGUUGUGGUUGUGCUUGUGCUAUGAGUAGGGACAAGAUUACAUGAUGAAUUGCGAUAAAACUGAAAUAACACCAAACAGUACACCACAUAACACCAAACCGCAAAUUAAUACACCAUUUAGCAUGAAAUAAACUUUCUAUUUGACCAAACUUGACUCAAAUUACAAAAAUGUUAAAUUUUGCUAUAGUAAAUUCAGUGAAUGUAAUUUAUUUAGCAUGAAAAGUAAAAAAAAAAAUUUGAAUUAAAUGUAAAAAAAAAAAUCAUUAUGUUUGAUCUUGCAUUUUACUUUUAGCUUUUGUCAGUGUUUGAACUUUCUACCAAUGGACUCAUCAAGCUAUUUAAACAAAUUUAAUGUCAAAACUACUGAUGAGUACGCUCAAUACUCGAAUUUACUUAACCAAGCCAACAAUUUUUCAACUCGUAAUGCUUCCAGCUUCUGUUUUAUUUGUCCUUAGACACUGCCACAUUUCUGUAAAAUUGUCUCAAUUCAUUCACGAUGACACUUACAGUGGGAAUACCUAUUUUCAAUUCCUUGCCACUUGAAAAAGUGUAAUUUUUGGAUUCCUACUUACGUUGGCAUGCUAAAAUGUUGUAGGACUACACAUGUACAUCUGCAAACAGAAUGGAAUGGUAAAAACUGAAAGAUUUUUUUCAAGACAAGGGUGGGAACAUUAUGUACCUUCAAUAUUUUGAAUACAGUACAUUAACUAGCACAUUUACAUUUUGUUUUUGCAUCCAGUACUUUUUGAACAAUCUACAUCUAUGGUAUAACAGUGAUUGUGAACAAAAAUAUAUGUUUUUAAAACUUUUUUAGUUUUUAUUUAUUGAAUUUUAGGAGAAAUAAAUACAUUGUCAUGGUGGAAAUGUUGUAACUUAAAAAAUUUGACGUUAAAGCAGGAACAUUGUAACAGGGUUCUACUGUAAAUCUUCUAGACAUCAGUAUGACUGCCAGUGUCGAUGCCUGUGGUGUCGGCAAGUGUCCAGAUGCAACCAUUGACUGUGCAGCAAAUAAUUUGUGGUCCCAGCAUCGAACUGUUGUUUUAUCAAAAUGACUGUCAAAAGCAUGUGUUGUGGCAAACACAGCUUGGUGCUUCGUUGAGGAUUCAAAAUCAUCUCUUAGCGCUUUAUAAACCAGAGUUUUUAUUCAGUAAUUGAUAUUUCCUAAUAUGUUCUGCAUCAAAUCACUGCCUAAAAUGUAAUAAUUUGUACAAAAAAACAUUGUGUUUAUGUUGCGGUACCAUUUGUAGGCAAACACAUUGUUUUGAUUACAUUAUUUUCGUUUUAUAGUUAGUUCUGUUAGCAAAUCAUAAGCUAUUGUUGGUCUCGUGUACAGAUGAUAAUGAUUCUAUAUCAACCAUUAUUCUAUGGCAGUGGUUAUCAAACUUUUUUUUUAAUUGGGGAACGUUUAGAAUCCUACAAUUAAUUGGCACCAAAUACAAUUUUCUGAGAAAUAUGUUGUAAAGUUGUAAUAAUUAAAUAAUUAAACUUUUGAUAUUAACUGGUGGUGAAGUCAAGACUUGUUUACAAACAGUGCCAUACGGAACUAAUUCACUGUUUGAGGAAAACCUUCAGAGUCAUUCAAAUAACACACAAUAAUGAUGGAUAUACCGUAAUGAAAUUGUGUAAUAGAGUAACUAUUUUUAUUUUUAUGGAAUACCAUGGCACCCUGGUGCAUACUUUGAAAAACACUGUCUACGUUGCUGGUGUUUCCAUUACAUUUCUUCCCCUAAGACCAACUCUGCAACUACAUAUCCUCUUAAAGCACAGCCUUAAAUCGGUGCCGUGCCAAUGUGCUACCGUAGUUCUGAUGAUGCAGUAUGGAGCUCUGUAGGACUAUUUAGUUCACUGGCUUUGGUAAAAUACUUUUAUUAUUAUUAUUAUUAUUAUUAUUAUUACAGAAUCAACCAUGGAAAAUAAUUGUUUGCUUGAAAUUAAUACAGAUCAAACGUGCAUGCAAGUCUUAAAUGGAUGCACUAGUGAUUUCAUUUUGAGUAAGCACUGAAUGAGACAAAAAAUUCUGAAGUAAAUGUGAAAGGUUUGAAUGAAAUAUAUUAAACAAUCUGGUAAUUUUUUUUUUUUACUACAGGCGAUUUCACAAAUGACAGAUUAUUGAUUUCUGUGUUCCAAGUCAUUCCAAAAAUUAUGUUAGUGCAUUGUGAACAAAUGUUAAUUUUUGCUUGAGAUAUUUUGUUACAGAUUGUGUGAAAUGAUACAAUUGUAGUGGGUGUUCAAACAAAUUCUUAUAUUCGUAUUUGAACUAGUUUUGUAAGUACAGUAGUUGAACCAAGAAUUUCGUUACUAGUGGCAGAACCAAACUAAUUUUACUAUCAAGCGGAGGUAAUCGCCGUGUGCAACUGGUUAAACUUGAACAGUGGUUAAGUGUGGAGUCAGCAGAUGUGUGCGGUGCUUUCUAUUACAUGUUUUAGUGAGAUUACAUUUUUAAAAUGAAUCUUUCAUGAUAUUUUAUUUUAUUUUUGGCUUUGUGGAAAGUUAUCUGUACUUAGUCUAAACUCUGACGCAUCUUGUAACUAAAAAAUCUUAAUGUCACAGUUAUGUCUUUUUUUUAUGAAGAUGUCUAGCUUGUUAAAGUGUAGUUGAAAUUUGAAAUUAUCAUUGAUUAUGUAUUUAUUGCUAAACCCAUAACUUGAAAUAUUAUUUAAAUUUUGUAGUAAUUUUAUCAAGGAAAAUAAAUAUUUGAUAGGAAUGCAUAUAACAAAAUCUACCUUUGCACAUGGGGCAUUAAAGCUUAGAGUGAAAGUAAAAUAUGUAUUUCAAACAGAUUGAGAUGUAUAAGGAAAGGAGGGAUUGUCCAAGUUUCAAAUUUUACUGUUUAUGUUGUGACUUUUUUCUGGGAAAUAGUGAUUGCAAGAAGUAAGAAAUUCAUAUCCAAAGUAAGACAUAUUGUAAAUUUUAUAUAUAUGAAAAGAUUUGCAGACACAGCUUUUAUUUGAUUUUGAAAAAUAGGUUUUUCAAACAUUGUAAUAUUAAAAAAAAAUAACAUUUAUCUUCCUGAGCUUAUUUGGAUGGGAUUUGCUGUUUAUACUAGAUAUUUUAACAACUGUGAGUUAAGAUAAUUAUGUAGUGAAGUUUAAUAUAUUGUGUAGAUUAUCCUAUAAAAAUAUAAUUUAUUUAAAAAAAAGACCAAGAGGUCCAUAAUUUUACAGAUAAUGUACACAAAACUUAAUCCAAAAAUAUUAAAAUUAUAAAGUGACAAAUAUAUAAAAGUUUUAACUUUUUGAGAUCCAGUUUAAAGUUGAAAUUUAAAAAAAUAUACAUAUUUCUUUGUCAUUUAUGAUGAAAGCAUUUAUUUACCUUAUCCUCGUGUGUUACUUCAUAGCAAACCCACUUGCCAAAAUCUUUUAUCGAGAAAGAUAACAGUUUGUGUGUUCUAGGUAAUGUCUUUUGCUAUUUCGUUCAAGAAUUUGAUAGAGCAGUGUGUUGAAUGUGUUGGGAAUUAGGAUUCAUCACUAGUUUCCUUAAACUGAGGGGAAUUUUUUUACUCUGAAAAUGUUCUGUGGAAAUAAUUUAUUUGAACGUGAAUUCAUUCGAAUUUGCUUGUAUUGUUAAAUAACUGCUUGUUUUUUUUUAUAUUUAGAAAAAAAAAAGAACAUAUUGCAAGGAAAUGUAUUGUCAUUGUUUGAAUGUUGUAUUUCAUAGAAUAAUGGAAAUAAAAAUUUGCAUUAUGCCAUUU